AUGAAUGACUCCAAGGGUCCAAUUUCCGACAAAGAUGAAGGCUUUCGGCCGAGCAGGGAAAUUGUUGCAGAAUGCGACACGUAUACCCCUGAGGAGGAGAAAGCAGUUUUGCGAAAGAUUGACAUGGUCAUUUUGCCAUUCAUGUGCUUUGUCUUCUUCUUACAGUACCUCGAUAAGCAGAGUCUGAGCUAUGCCGCUGUAUUUGGCCUUAUGGAUGACCUCAGCAUGACCGGUUCGCAAUAUUCCUGGUGCAGCUCUAUAUUUUAUAUCGGCCAACUGAUUUCGGAAUGGCCGUUCAUCUACCUUAUGAGUCGACUACCUUUGACUAGAUUUGUCGGAGUCACUGUUAUAAUCUGGGGCAUUAUUUGUAUGUGUCUCGCGGCACCAACAAACUUCGCCGGGUUCGCUACUGUGAGAUUUUUGCUCGGAUUCAGCGAAGGGGCAGUAUCGCCCGCCUUCGUAACAAUUACCAGUAUUUGGUACCGCAAGAAAGAGCACGCUGCGCGAACUGCGCUGUGGAUCACCAUGAACGGCGUGGCUCAAGUCGUUGGCUGCAUGAUCAUGUACGGCAUAGGCAAGAACACAUCCAUCACUAUUCAGCCUUGGCGAGUCCUUUUCCUCAUCUGUGGAGCAAUGACUCUGGUGGCGGGAAUUGGAUUCUUUAUGUUGAUGCCUAAUGGACCAAAAGACGCAUGGUUUCUGAAUGAGAGAGAGAAACAAGUGCUGUCCUUGCGCCUUGCCGCUGACCGUGAAGGUGGCGACAAGACAGCAUUCUCAAUGUCUCAGCUCAAGGAGACUCUACUGGAUCCUAAAGCAUGGGUUGUUUUCUGGUUUGGUGUACUUGUGACUAUGCAAUCGGCAGUCCUUACUUUCGCAUCAUUGGUCAUCGAGUCUAUUGGAUACUCCAAGCUGCAGACUCUUCUCUAUACUGCUCCAUCUGGAGCCGUUCAGAUUGCACUGCUUUGGAUUGGGACUGGACUCGUUUAUAUUUUCCCACGCCAGAGAAGCCUGAUUGUUCUGGUUAUGAUUAUUCCGCCUUUUAUUGGAGUCAUCUUCCUACUAAAACUUACUGUGACCGCAGGAUGGGGCUUGAUUGUGGCUUCUUGGCUGGCGUCUUGCAUUACAGCGACGAUGUCCAUUCUUCUAUCUCUGGCUGCAUCCAAUGUCAAGGGUAACACCAAGCGCGCCAUCGUCAACACCAUGUUUUUCAUUGGUUAUUGCGCCGGCUGUAUAGGAGGCCCCCAACUAUGGACUAAAUCACCACGGUAUACCGAGGGCGUUAUUACAUCCAUCGUCACAUGGUGUUUGCUGUUCGUGGCUGUCAUCAUCUAUCGCAUUUUAUGUAUUCGUGAUAACAACGCCCGCGACAAGCAGGCUACUCACGGUGUCGAUCAUGGCUUUGGAGAAGUUGAGCUUGAUGGGAAUGGGCUUCCUAAGACUGAUCUGACAGAUAAAGAGGACAGGGAGUUCCGCUAUGCCAUCUAG